UGACAGUUUGUAAAUUCAGCCGGAGCGGUACGCUAUCGUUUUGUUAAAAUUGGAAAAAUACUAAGAAAACAUUAAUUAUAAAUUGGUUAACAUUUUCUACAGGCGUAGAAAUAUAUGGCAUAGAAUUACUAAUCUAACUCAUCCCAAAAAGUAUCUUACAAUAAUGUCUGACCAAAAUUCUAACCACGAAGAACCCAACUCUAACCAAGAAGAUCCGCCGAAAAAUAAUGAAACAGAAACUGAAAAGCCCAAGAAAUUGAAAAUAUUAGCAUUUCACGGCUAUCGACAAAACGGUGCUGUUUUCAGGGGGAAAAUUGGAUCUUUCCGUAAGGCGGUUAACAAAUACGCUCAGUUGACUUUUAUAUCAGCUCCUCACCGAGUAGUGAAUGAUGAUGGAACUGGAGACGAAGAUAGUAGAUCCUGGUGGUUUAAUGCAGAAGACAACACAUUCAGUGGCAAAUGCCUUGGAGGCCCAGCACUGGGGUUCGAAGACACUCUGCGACUGAUUGAGAAUACUGUGAAGGAACAUGGACCUUUUCACGGGUUCAUGGGCUUUUCACAAGGUGCCUGCCUUGUUGGCAUUCUGGCUGCCAUGCAGCAGAAAGGAUACCUUCCAUACACCUUCAAGUUUGCAAUAUUUUCAUCAGGAUUUCGCUCAGGCAGUUUAGUUCACAAAGGAUUUUAUGACGAGGACAUUGACUUGCCAUCUCUGCAUGUUUAUGGAGAAAGUGAUUCUAUAAUACCUAAAGAAAUGUCAGAAUCCUUGAUCACCUUGUUCAAAAACCCAGUAGUGGCAGAGCAUUCCGGAGGUCAUUAUGUGGCCUGUUCUGGAUCCAUCAAGGACGCAUAUUUAGACUUUCUCCAUGAUGUGUACGAAGACUUGCUGAAAAAUGAAGAAUCAGAAGUUACUGAAGAUUCCUAAUUAAGAUAAUAUGGUUUGUUUCAAUAAUUGGACCAUAAAAUUGUAAAUGAUAAGUGUGAGUGUGAUACUGAUAAGGUAACUUGAGUAAAUAUUUUAAAAUAU